GAUUGUACCUCUGUACAGCACACAAACACCCUGGAAUGCUCCAUGCAACUGUCCCCCGCUCAGCGGCAUGAUUGCCACACGUUCUGGAGGAUCAGGACAGUCUGUGACAGCACUGACAUCCCCACGGCCAGCCAUCUCCUUUGCUGCAGCCGCUUGAGGUGAUAGAGCUGACAUCGUGGUGCUGCAGGAUGCCGCAGUUCCCCCCUGUGCAGUGUCCUGCGGUGCUGCCAGACGAGCAGGCAGGACCCUCCUGUGCGCCCACCCCGUGCAAAAGGAAGCGUCAGGUUUCCGAGAAUGAAGUGUGCAGGCUGUGCCAACGGGCAGACUGCGAUCCUGAUGUGGUUGGGCGGCUGUGCCGUCAGGAUGGGCUCUGUGUCCAUGAGAACUGCCUGUACCACUCCAGCGGGCUGGAGCAGAGAGGGGCUGAUGACGAGGGCUUCUAUGGCUUCCUCUUCUCUGACAUCCAGCAGAAGCUGAAGCAGGUGGCACAGAAGAGAUGCUGCAUCUGCCGGCUGCCGGGAGCCUCGGUCACCUGCCGGGGCCGGCGCUGCCCCCGAACGUUCCACUUCCCCUGCGGCAGCGAGCGGGGCUGCGUCUCCCAGUUCUUUGGGGAGUUCAAGUCCUUCUGCUGGAAGCACCGGCCGGUGCAGCGGGUGCGGGCGGUGCAGCAGGACCAGACCUGCUGCCUCAUCUGCCAGGAGGCAGUGGCGGGUCGGCCCGGCUAUGACACCCUGGUCUGUCCUGCCUGUGUCAGCGCCUGGUUCCAUCGCCGCUGCAUCCAGGGCCAGGCACUGCGCUCUGCCCUGCACUAUUUCCGCUGCCCGCUCUGCCAGGACAUGGUGACCUUCCAGGAGGAGAUGUUUCGCCUCGGCAUCAACAUCCCCAACAGGGAUGCUGCCUGGGAGGAUGGGACCUUUGACGAUCAUUACCUGAGGCACAGCUCCUGCGAUGCUGGCCAGUGCCUGUGCCCAGCAGGACGGGAGCAGGUAGAGAACAUGGGGCCUUGGAGACUUCUGCUCUGCAGCUCCUGUGGCUCCCAUGGGACCCACCAGCACUGCUCUGCCAUGGGGGAAGAAGACGACUCCUGGGAGUGCAGCGACUGCAGAGACCUGCACACUGUGUUCCUCACUGCUGCCAGCCCAGAAUCCAGCCUGCCGGUGCAGGGACCGUCGCAUAGCACCCCGGCUCCUGGCACUUCGACUGAGGAAGAGGAGGCCAGGAUCCCUGAAGGACACCCUGAUGACCAACUCCCCUCCCAACCUGUGUCCCAGAAACCUGCAGAUUCUCCCUAAUAAAAGUUGGAGCUUCACAGGUAGGUUUGCUGAUGUGCUUGAGCACUGCAAGGCAAGAGCCUCCACGGCGGCUCUGAUCCUCCUGUGGGCAUUGCGGGUGCUGCCAGGCCU